AUGGCAGAAAGAGUUAAGAAUCGCUUAAAACAAAAAACACAAAAGAAGAAGGAUUUUGAUUUUUCAUUUAACAGCCACAGCCACGGCGACGGCGACGGCGACGACGAUCAAGGUGUCAAUCACGGUGAUGACGCUAUUACGCUCCCGAACAAGAUUGAGCAUUUGAUACACGUAGAUGGCCAUAUGAGUGGUCUCCCGCCUUCCUGGGCCAAUCAACUCGCUCAAUUGGGCUACUUUGGUGAUCUAGAUACGCCUGCUAUUAACCAGCAUAAGCAGCGGGGGAGCACGCAGCAAAGAGGGCAGCCGAAAAGGCACACAGACCAUACACAGCAUCCAGGGCGCUCAGGGCACUCAGGAACCACAGUUCACUCCCGCCAAUCCCAUCUAAGCAUCCCUCAGCUCAACAUCGCAGACCAAGACGAGGAUUGGUCGAAAGGUGUACUCAAAGCACUCGAGCGAUCUUCACUGGAUGACUUCAAAGCAGCUCCUUCCAGACGGUCGUCAGCCGUGAACGUCGAGUCGGGUAAAUCCACUCAACUCCACCGCAGGCCAGCCACCACAGACACCAACCAACCGCGAUACACCGUCCCGCGCUCUUUCGCAGCAGCCCAAGACCAAUACCUAUCAAACAUAGCUAUCCGCAAGGAAAUAGACGCCAGCCACGGCAUAAACGAGCCACACGCCGCUGAUGUUUACGGUGGUAUGGAAGAGGAGAUUCUCGACUCUCCCCGCGAUGUUGAUGAUGUGGGCGAUGUGGACGUCACUCAUUGGGCAAUCCCCAACAGCCCCUCUGCCCUCUCUUUCCAACUUUCCCCGCUCCAGAUCGAUAACCACACCUUUGAGCUGUCUGAAAGCACGACAACGCCCCCGCUAAUCCCGGCGCACCUGCGCAACUCCGCGAAGCAGGUCGAGACGCGCAAACGUUCGCGAUCCUCUCUGAUAGCGCUUGAUAAGAGUCGACAUGUCUCGACGCUGUCUACACCAGGCUCUGUCGAUGGUGAUGGUGAUGGUGAUAACAAUAUUACAGCGACGUACAUGCACGACAUGCAUGCUGCACCCAACCUCGACGACAUCGUCCAAGACGAUAGCAGCAGUAGUAGUAGUGAUGCUAUUCAUGGGAUUGGUGUCAUUCCUGGUGAUGGCUCUAGACCUAGCCAUGCUCACAGUCUUAGUGACGAUAGUACAUUCUCCAUCCUCGACGGCGUGCGUGGUGUCGACAAUUUCAAUGACCCCGACAGUCCUGACAAUCAUGGUCUCGGUAUCGACGUAUAUGGUUUGACUAGAGGUGCACAGAGUGAAAUAAACACGUUGAGCGCGUUGAACGCGUCGAACGCAUCAAGCACAUCAAACAUUUCGAGCACUUCAAGCACUUCGACAGCGCGAGUGGGAGCGGAAGAGUCCGUCGCUGAUCAACCCAUAGCGUUCGAUAUCCCGCACGCACACCAGUCCAAUCUACAACUUAAUUCGACUGCCACCACUUCCAACUCCAAAUCCCCGGCGGAUCUAUACAAGACAUUAUCUCAAGACACGGAAGCGGACACAAAAUACGCGCUCACCCACCUCGUUCCCCUCGCCUCAACAGGCAGCGCCACUGAUGCGUACCCACCUGCACAGCGCACGCUGAUAGCAACAGGUUUAAGUGGUGAUGUGUAUGCAAGUGGGUGCGGAAUGCGAGCGCUAAAGGUAGUCCGACGCACCACCGAAUCGACACGGCUGCUCAACCUGCAGAACGAGCUAUCAAUAGUGCGAUCAGUGCCUCACGAAGCCAUUUUGCCCAUACUGGAACUGUACGUGGGGGAAACGCCUCCACAUGCCACGCUCGUCAUGCCGCUCAUGGCGCGCUCUCUCACUGAUAUCCUUGCUUUGAUGGAACACGGGCUAGUGCUGAGUGGAGGUCAAAUCGCGCGUGUCGUACAAGAUAUCCUCUCUGCCCUCGCCGCUCUACAUGCCCAUCCCGAUCAUAUCCUCCAUCGCGAUGUGCGCUCUGACACCAUCAUGCUGGCGAGCGAUGGCAGGAGCGUGCUUACGGAUUUCGCUAGCGCCACCCGCUCCCCAGAUGAGCAUGGGUGCUCUGUCGGUGAUGUCAUAUCUGCUCCUUUCUGGCUAGCUCCGGAGUUGUGUGCUGAUGGUGGUCGCUAUACGCACAAAAGCGAUGUAUGGUCAUUAAUCGCAACUACACACGAAAUGGUCACCGGAUUGCCGCCAUACGCUGAGUAUGACGAGUUGGCCUUGUUUCGGAAACUCGCGGGCGGGUUGCCUGAUUUGCCCAACGAGGCUUGCAGCUCAGUGAGCGGCUUCAUAACAAGGAAUGCAGUCGUCGAUCCAGUCGCUCGGCCGUCGGCGAGGCAAUUACUCGAUAAUGACCCCUUGGUUGGUCAUGAUAGCCAGGCUAACGUCGCAAAUAGAGAAGAUAUUGCCAGCUUAUUAGUGCUUGCUAACCAGCUCGAAAGUGAGCCAACCUCAUGA